AUGUCUGUUAUUUCCUUAAUUUUAUUUAUAUUUUUAUUAAGAUGGGUAUGUUGCAAAGAAAACCAAACGAUUAAUAAGUUCGAUUACUGUAAACAUCCAGAUUGUUCUAUGAAGAACCAGCAUACUUUAUGUGCAGCUAACAAUAAAGAGAGUUCCAGACUGUAUGCAUCGGGGAUGACAACUUGGAUGAGAUAUCAAGUGUUAUUGCUGCACAAUAGGCAUCGUGAUAACAUUGCUAUGGGAUUAGAGGCCGGUCAACCACCUGCAACUAAUAUGCGGAAGAUGUACUGGGAUUAUGAGCUCGAAGAGAUGGCUGAGGUUUGGGCUCGACAGUGCCAAAAGAGACACGACGAGUGCCGAAACACGAUCAGAUUUAAUGCCUUACAGAAUAUGGAUGUGCGUCCUGUAGUUCCCAGAGUGACCGAGGCGCAGUUACUUGCUGACACUGUUGGGGCGUGGUUUUCAGGAUCUAGGUCAUUGCCACCGGAAAACGUGUGGUCUUUUAAAUUGAGUAACUGUAGUGGUCCGGGUGGAUGUAAUGCACACUGGUAUACGGCGGCAGCUUGGGCUUCAACAUGGCGAUUAGGAUGUUCGCAAGCUCUUUGUACUGUUAGAAAACCGUCGUGUGUCCUAUUUCGUAAAAAAAGGCGAACACGUCGUUUCGAUAAUAAUAUUGAGUCAGAAGAAAUAAAACCUAGCAGUACCACUACAACAACUGAAAAUAUUCUUCGAAGGACGAGAUAUAUGACACCACCAAAAUCAUCGAGAUUUGAAGACUUCGCAACUACUGUUAGGGAUGAUGAUGCAGAAUCGCCUUUAUAUCGUGGUGUUUUAAAUAACAUUUCAAGAAGGAGGCGAAGGGACUUAAAAAUUGUAGCAUUUACAUUCUGUAAUUAUGGACCGGCGGGGAACAUUGAAGGUUUUCCCAUUUAUGAAGCUGGCGCUACUUGUGGUAAUUGUCCCCAAGGCACUCACUGCAGGGAUCGUACUCACAGAGCUUUGUGUUCGGUAGUAAACGAUCCUGACGGGCAACAUGGGGGCUGA